AUGAUUUGCCCGGCCAAUUCUUCGGGAUUAGAUCGCAAAAGCACGGAGCGAGUUAAGCACCUAGUCGAAUACCACCUAGUCGAACACCACCUAGUCGAACACCACCCAGUCGAACACCACCCAGUCGAACACCACCUAGUCGAACACCACCUAGUCGAACACCACCUAGUCGAACACCACCCAGUCGAACACCACCUAGUCGAACACCACCUAGUCGAACACCACCCAGCCAAGCAGCACCCAGCCGAACACCACCUAGUCGAACACCACCCAGUCGAACACCACCCAGCCAAGCAGCACCUAGCCAAGCAGCACCCAGCCAAGCAGCACCCAGCCAAGCAGCACCCAGCUAAGUAG